AUGGCUUCUCCAACUGACACUCCUUCACUAGCAGCACCAGCAGCACCAGCAGCACCAGUAGCAAAUUCCUCAUCGACGACCACAUCUGCACACGCCCGCAGCCUCCCCGGAGCAGUCCUUCUGUCCCUUGACGGUGGUGGCGUUCGUGGCAUCUCCACUCUACUCGUGCUCAAACAUGUCAUGGCUCGCGUCGCGGAACUCGAGCAACACGCUAAGACCAACAUGUCUCCCGACCCACGUAAGCCAAAGGACUACUUCGACCUCGCCGGCGGUACCAGCACUGGCGGACUGAUUGCUCUCAUGCUCUUCCGCCUCGACAUGAACGUUGACACUGUGAUCCGGCACUACGAUGAGCUCGCAGCGAAGGUAUUCAGUCCCACUAUCGGCCCGAUUGAGAUCCAUAGAUGGCCUUUAGGGUAUUAUAUCGGCAAUGGCUGGCUCAAAUUGAAGAAAGUCGUCGGACUGAGUGGGUUUUCGGGGAACCGACUGGAGCAGGCCAUCGAUACCGUCACCAGCACGGUCUCCAGCGAACUCGCCAGUAACAAGGGAGAUACACCGUUGCAAGGUGGUCCGGGCCAGUACGGCAAGAUGCUCAUGUGUGCAACUGUCGCGGACAAAGGAGAGACGAUGCUAUUCCGGUCUUAUGCCGUGCCACCCGACAGCAAACCGCAGUCUGAGACAGCGAAAUCGAUCAAUCAUGCGAGCAUAACUAUCAAGCAAGCAUGCCGAGCGACGAGUGCCGCCCCAACUUAUCUUCCACCAAUGGACAUUGGGGGCGUCGAGUAUUGGGAUGGCGGAUUGCUGAACAAUAACCCCGUCGAUCAGGUGUGGGAUGCACGAUUUGAUCUCGACGCUGCCCAGGAGCAGGUGACCCGUCCAGAUGGGAGCGUGGAGGUGAAGUAUAAGGAUCCUAGGGUGCUGGUGAUGUUGAGUCUGGGUACGGGCAUCUGUGAUACGAAGGUGAAGAGAGCGUGGUAUAACCCGAUGAGAUAUAUUGUGAAGCUUACGCCUGAGGUCCUGACGACGGCGGGCAGAGUCUUGGGGUUUUCAACCAAUACGCAGGCAAAACAUUGGGACUUCAAGGUCAAUACCAUCAGAAGGAACGAGAGGUUGGACGGAGACGAGCGGGCGAAGACGCACUAUUUCAGGUUGAAUCCGGAGGUGUCGAAGGAGAUUAAUCUGGAUGAUUAUAAGCAGAUGAAGAUCCUGAAGAAGGACACUGAAGACUGGUUGGAGGAAAAUGGGAUAAAAGCGAAUCCCGAUGAGCCCGUGCCGCCUGGAGAGAAGUAUGACAUCGAGAGACUUGCGAGAUUGCUUGCGAAGACAAAGAAACUGGUGACCGAGAGCAAAGAAGGAGCAAGGCAAGAUGCUGCUGGAUCGAGGUCGGAUUCGGCCGUUGAAGUAAAGUGA